AUGGGAUAUGUUAGCAUGAACAGUGUGAACCUCAUCAAGCCAUACGAUGGCUUUGAGCUCAACAAUGAUGGGAAGAAAUACAAGAAGAUGGGUGAGGAUAUUCUUAGGUCGAAGAGUCUUGGAGUGGUGAUUCUGAGUGGAGGGCAAGGUACUCGACUUGGAAUCACACAGCCAAAGGGGUUGUUUGCAAUCAAAGGCAAGACUCUAUUUGAGUGGCAUAUGGAAAGGAUUCAGGAGCUUGUCAAGAGCUAUGGCGCAAAGAUGUCUGUGUUUGUGAUGACUUCUUCAUUCACCGACAAGGAGGUUAAGGAGUACUUUUCGAAAAGGGACUUUGGCCUGAAGAUCCAGUUCUUCAUGCAGAGCAAUUCUGUAAGCGUGGAUGUGAAUGGAAAGCCCCUUCAAUGCUUUGGAAAGGAUGUCGAAUCUCCGUAUGGAAAUGGAGACAUGUUCAAGGCCAUUCAGCAGGUCAGUCUUGAGGAGAUAGAUGCGCUGAAUGUGAUAUCCAUAGACAAUGUGCUUGCAAAGAUCCUGGAUCCGGUGUUUGUCGGUGCAUUUUACUCGAGGGAGUAUGAUGUGCUGAGCAAGUCUGUAACGAAGGGUGAGAACGAGAGUGUGGGAGCGUUUCUGAUGAGCAAUGGCAGGCUCGUGAUCAGAGAGUACAGUGAGAGUGUGGCAGGUUCGAAUGGCGAAAGUGGAAUACAAGGAAACAUUUGCAACCACAUUUUCAAAACGUCGUUUGUCAAGAGCAUGAGAAAUGUGGAUCUCAAAGAGCAUAAGGCAUUCAAGGCAAUUCCGUACAGUGUUGGGGACAAGCUGGUCAAGCCAUCGAGCCCAAACGGAUACAAGAAGGAGACAUUCAUUUUUGACUGCUUUGAAUAUACGGACAAAAACGGAGUGAUGAAUGUUCCUAGAGAAAAGGAAUUUUCUCCAUUGAAGAAUGGACAAGGGUCUGUCUCUGACAACCCAAUGACAUGCACAUUUGCAGUUGAGAAUCAUAGAUUUGAGGCAUCCUCAUAA